AUGUCCAUUGAUUUCAAGUCUUCCAAAUCCGUCACCAAGGAUGACCACCUUUACACCAAAUUCACCUAUGAAAACUCCUUAGUUGAAAAGGAUUCUCAAGGUAAAUUGCACGUUACUCCAACCUCAGUCGACUACGACUUCAAGUUGGAUUUGAAGGUUCCCAAAGUUGGUUUGUUACUAGUUGGAUUGGGUGGAAACAAUGGUACCACAUUGCUCGCUUCCAUCUUGGCCAACAAGCACAACAUCUCAUUUGAGAAUAAGGAAGGUGUAGUUAAGCCGAACUAUUACGGGUCAGUUACUCAAAGUUCAACUGUCAAGCUUGGUGUUGAUGCUGCUGGAAAUGACGUUUAUGCGCCAUUCAACUCUAUUGUCCCCUUUGUCAACCCAAAUGAUUUGGUUGUUGAUGGUUGGGAUAUUUCCGGAUUGGAAUUGGACCAAGCUAUGAAGAGGGCCAAGGUUUUGGAUGUCACUUUGCAAAAACAGUUGGUUCCUCAUUUAGAGGGAAAGAAGCCGAUGGAGUCUAUUUAUUAUCCAGACUUUAUUGCUGCUAAUCAAGGUGAUAGGGCUGAUAACGUUUUCAACAAGGUUAAUGGAGAGAUUAAGACUGAUGACAAGUGGAAAGAUGUUGAGAAGAUUAGAAAGGAUAUCCGUGACUUCAAGAGCAAGAACGGGUUGGAUAAGGUGAUUGUGUUGUGGACGGCAAACACCGAGAGAUAUGCCGAUGUGUUGCCUAAAGUUAACGAUACUGCCGAUAAUUUGAUUGCUGCCAUCAAGGCCAACCAUGAGGAGAUUGCUCCAUCUACUGUGUUUGCAGUUGCCUCGAUCUUGGAAAACGUACCAUACAUUAAUGGAUCCCCACAAAAUACAUUUGUUCCUGGAGUUAUCGAGUUGGCGGAAAAGCAUCAUUCAUUCAUUGGUGGUGAUGAUUUCAAAUCGGGUCAGACUAAAAUCAAGUCUGUUCUUGCACAAUUCCUUGUUGAUGCUGGUAUCAAGCCACUUUCCAUUGCUUCUUAUAACCAUUUGGGAAACAAUGAUGGGUACAAUUUAUCCGCGCCAAAGCAAUUUAGAUCAAAGGAGAUUUCCAAACAGUCUGUUGUGGAUGAUAUGAUUGAGAGUAAUGAGAUUUUGUACAAUAAGGAGUCGGGUGACAAGGUUGAUCAUUGUAUCGUCAUCAAGUACUUGCCAGCUGUCGGGGACUCGAAAGUGGCCAUGGAUGAAUACUACUCCGAGUUGAUGCUUGGUGGACACAACAAGAUUUCCAUCCACAACGUAUGUGAAGAUUCGCUUUUGGCUACACCAUUGAUUAUUGAUUUGGUUGUGGUUACUGAGUUUUUGCAAAGGGUGCAAUACAAGAAGCUGCAAGAGAGUGAUGACAAGUACCAUGACUUCUAUGCUGUUUUGACCUUGUUGAGUUAUUGGUUGAAGGCACCAUUGUCUAGACCUGGAUUCAAGACUAUUAAUGGGUUGAAUAAGCAGAGACAGGCUUUGGAGAAUUUGUUGAGGUUGUUGGUUGGAUUGCCAGUUAAUAACGAGUUGAGAUUUGAAGAGAGAUUGACUUAG